AUGGCCUCCUUUGAUUUUGAUAUAGUCAAGGCUGAGAAAGAAGAUGCUUUACGGAGAUACAACAUGGAGAAGAAGAUGAAGAUCGAGCUUCGGUUAGUCGGGUUUUUGUUGACUUUCUUUUUAUUGCCACGGUCUUGGUUUCCCGGUACCCUCGCCGUCGCCGGAGAUUUUUUGCGCCUUUUCGUCUGUACUUUUAACAAAUCUCUUUAUACUUUCAUCCUAGUAAACCUCAUCGUUGUCGUUGUUUAUAUAUUGUCUAGCCAAAAACAGGCCCAGAAACAGCCUACCAUCACUGACAUAUACGAUGAAUUCGUCUGCAAUUCACGCCGGAGUAUAGCCAUAUCCGCCGCCACCACUGAUGUUCCUGCCACGGAAGAGACCAUGGUAGACAAAGAAAUCAUUUUUGAAGAAAAGGCUGCUCCUUUUUCUCCUGAAAAGGAGCUAGAAACGACAGUUGAUAGUGACACAAUUGGAGAGACAAAUAUUUCCCUCUCUCCAGUUAAGCAACUUACAACAACGAUGGACCGUACAGUACUGGCAAAACCAAAUUCCGCCGUGUCUUCAGCUGAAUUGGGGGAAUAUGAACACGGAAGAACUCUAUCAAUGGUUUCGGAAUCUAUGGACGGAGAGGUGAUGAAUUCAGAUAUAGAGUCGACGGGGAAAUCAAUGGGCGAAAUGAGCAACGAGGAGUUUCAGUUGGUUAUAGAUAGUUUCAUUGCUGAAAGAAAGAAAAGCCUGCUGCAAGAAAACACUGCCCAUGAAACUGGGAGAGAACUCGAGUGCAUGCCUGUUGUUGUGAAUAACUAG